AUGAGUGCUAAAGAAGUGCCCCGUUUUGUCGAUCCGAUUCUUAUUCUUAUAUUGGCGUUCUUUUUCCGUCCGUUCACAUUACGUUUACGAAUCGUCGUUUUGAGGUUGAAGAAGCCGGAGACACGCAAUGCCAUCAGCAAAUUGAUGCUUUCACAGUUUCGCGAGGCGCUGGCCGGGCUGAAAUUCGAUCGAAGCGCCCGAGUGGUGAUCCUGAAGAGUGAUGUCGAUGGGGCAUUUUGCGCAGGGGCCGAUCUGAAAGAGCGAAAAGCGAUGAGUGCCGAAGAAGUGCCCCGUUUCGUCGAUUCGAUCCGGGCGGCCACCACCGAACUCUCGUCACUUCCCGUGCCCACCAUUGCGGCCAUUGAUGGUGUGGCGCUGGGCGGUAGCCUGGAAUCGACGUUGUCGUGCGAUUUGCGCGUGGCGAGUGGUACUCAACGAUUGACGCGCAUCGUCGGCGUCGCCAAGGCCAAGGAGCUCAUCUUCACGGCAAAGAUUCUUGGGGCAACCGAAGCCGCCGAAAUGGGACUGGUGAACGCGGCCGUUGCAAAAGGAUCCGAUGGACAGGGAGCCUAUGCGAAGGCCCUCGAAAUGGCACGCGAAAUAUUGCCCAGGGGCCCAAUCGCGGUGAAAGUGGCAAAGAUAGCCGUCGACGCGGGAUCACAGUUGGAUCUGCAGAGUGGACUGUUGCUCGAACAACAAUGCUAUGCACAGGUGAUCCCAACCCGUGAUCGUAUCGAGGGACUGGCCGCCUUUGCCGAGAAGAGAAAGCCGCAUUAUAAAGGCGAA